AUGACUGAAAUACGAUUUCCGCUCUCAAACGAGAAGACAGAAGACGAAAAUGGCUUUCAGCAAACAGCCAGUUAUUCAGAUCUCUUUUCAGCUCGAAGUGUUCUGGUUGAUAUGAGACCACCAUUCAGCUCUCAGACGUGUGAUAACCUCUGCGAGUCGCUCCAAAAUGUCUUCUCGUUGGUGGCCAACCUGUCAGGUCAAUGCCGUGUCUCUUUCUUUUGUCUAUUUGCCCUAGCAAACCAACCUCAGUGCCUGUACACUCUGCAACAUGUUAAAGGCAGCUUCACAAAAUUGUGUCAAUCCAUCGAAGCACUGAAACCAAUCGUCAGGACUCAGAUAUACAAAGGCUGUGUGGGACUAGCCAUUGAACAGUCAGUAGUCCAGUUUAGGAGGCAAAUGCAGACGCUCGCUCAAACAGUCGACGUUUCUCCACAACUUGAAAUAACACUCGUCACAUCUCAACCUUGUUGGACAGUUCAGAGAGAGGUGGAAAGAGCGACUCAAGAUGGGAAGUCUGAAAGCAUUAAGAAAAUUACAAUCCUUCGAGUUCACAACAACGACCAAAGUGAUGAUCACGAAGUUCCAGAGUCAUUACAAUCACAAGAACGGGAUGACAUCACAGACUGCGCUGUGACAGACACAGUAGAAUGCGCAGGGGACGUUCUCAGUUUCGAGAGUUUCUUCAAAGGUUGGCUACAUGAUGGCGGCUCAGACAGAGAACAUCUUCAUCUGUUUCUUCCCAGCAUUCUUAGCAAAAAGCUGGUGCUGAAGUGUGACAUCAGAGAAAGAUUGUUGAAUCCAGCUGAUUUGCCGCCACAGUAUCAAAUGCAUUUGUCACUGCAGGUGGGCAACUCUUCAGCCCAACACCCACUACCAACACAGCGAGGAAAAGCCGUCGAAAAGCAGCUGCUGCAACCAAAUCACGACAAACUACCACACCAGCUGAGAGCAGUGCGUCUGAUCAAGAUACAAUCAAUCUGUGAAUCAGUGCUGUAUGGACAGCCGUGUUUAGUGAGGCCAACGGCCUGUUGGAAAUUAGACUGGGAAGAGCUCGAGAGCAACCAGCAGAAUUUCUCGGCUUUGUGUUCAUUGUUGCAUAAAAAGACAAUGGCAUUGCUUGUUAAAGAAGACGAAGACGGCGCAAACGGCCACUUUCUCCUCUUGCCAUCUGACAAAUUCACCCUCCUUCUCAAAUCCAUAGCAGUAAGCGAGCUCUUCCUGCCCUACGACUUCCAUCCGACUGACAGCAAACCACAAGAAGACGCAAUAAGACUGAUCGAGCGCAGCCUCAACAAGCUGAUGGUAUCCGAUGGAUACAAUCCUCUCAUGACAUCAUCAGGACUAUACGCCAGCCUAUCGACCGAAUCAAUCAAAUCAACUCCCCUCACUCGUCCACUAAAACGAAAACUAUCAACUAGCAAACCAUUCACCACCUCCACUCCAACUCAACAACACGACUCCCACCAGUGGCCAACAUUCCAACCAACAACACACCGACAACCAAUCAAACAACUCGGAAUGAAACCCAAAAAACCGUCCAUAACAUCGAAUGAAAUCAAUAAGGAGGACAAUGACUCAUACGAAGGCGAUCCAAACCUUCCCGUUUACAAGCCAUACUACAAACAAUACGCCACAAAACCCAAAUUCCUGAGAAAGAUGUAAACAAACGUACACAAAUAGUAAAUAUAAUAAUAGUGUUAUUGAUUUUUACACUCACAUACAACAUAA